CUCACGAUUUUCACGUUGUCGGUCGUGUUUGGAAAGAGCUUCCCCAAGCACGUGAGCGUUGUGAAGGCGAGAUUCGGGGACACUCUGGGGUCCGGGGUGGCAGGGAACCGCUCGCGGGUGCAAAGACUUCGACGUGCUGAUCUUCUCGCAGUGGAUCCAAUUCGUGCUACUGGGGACUCUUUGGCUGGGCUUUGUUUUGACAUCGAGGCAUACUGUUUGGGUCCCAACUCGCCAAUCUGUCAGGAUUUCCGCGACUCGAAGACGUUCUGCACUCCGAACUUUUGAGCUUGCGCCUCGAGCUCCACGUUCCGCCCUGACGGUCCCCGGGUCCCUGGGCACGCGUGCGUCGAUGUGGGUCAGCCAGUCUGACGGAUGGACGGCGCGAAGCCUUGCAAGGCUUGGCCCGACCGACCUUCAGGCCGCGAGUGGAGCAAAAGGAGGAGCAUCCCAAACCCUACAUCAUUGGUGUUGCCAAAGAAGCCAGUCAAUCUGGUGUUUGCUCUGGAAACUUGGCUCGAGGGUACUCAUCAACACUGACACAACAUGCCCGAUGGGUCCAGUGCCAGGGCUUGAGGAAUCGCAGGCCGCUCAAGCGCUUUUCGAAUAGCCAUGGUGAUGAUGCGGACCAGGACCACAAACCGAGGUAUGUGCCUCUGCCUUCUCGGGAUUGCAUUGGCGCUGCUCGUGCAGCCGAGCACGGAGUCCCUUGUCGGCGCCCAGGACUUUGCUCGAGGAGUGCCUGGGCUGAAGGACCAUGUGGCAAAACGGCACCCGUUGCAUGCCGGAGUCGCUCGGCGCGCCGGGGCUGCGCAAGAGGACAACAGUGCCGAGGACCGGCUCGAUCUCGAGGAGGUGAUUGCAGAAGCCGAACGGGUGCUGGACGACAACGACACGGUGGAAAAGAUAAAAGCUGUCUUGCGAAAAGCGCAGAAGAUAUACCCAGGGAAGUGGACCCUUACAGGGAAGCGAAGCGAGUUGCAACAAAAACUGCGCGAGUUUGUGGAAGAGGCCAAAGCAGCCCUAAACGGCUUGGAAGAGGUGACAAGCCGGCACCCUGGGCGUGGCGGAGUUGCUUUGCGCGCCAGCCCGCAGCAGGACAGCGACGCGGAGGCCGGGCUUGGUGGGUUCGGGCAGGACUGGCUCGCCAAGAGCCGCAAGGAGGUGGAGGGCUUCAGCAAAGCCCAAGUGUCGAACUGGGUCGAAGCCGUACUGCUGGAUGCUGGGUUUGAAGCAGACGACAUCACCGAAGUCACCCGCAUUCUGCUGAAGCAGAAGGUGAUCGGAGCGGCCCUGCUGCAGCUGACACUGGAAGAGCUGAUGCAGGAUGGCGUUCCGCGUGGCCCUGCAAAGCUUCUGGACGAGAAGAUCCGGCUGUUGCAGGAGGUCACUGAGAAGGUCACAGCCGAGGACUUCGACCUUUAUGCAUGCGCUCGGCCCGACAUCAAGGUGCAGCCUGACAAAUUUGUGGAUCUCGAUGUCCGCGUGGAGAAUUGCGUCAAUGUUGUCAUGAAGAACUUGCCGAAGGAAACAGAAGGAACGACUGUGAGAGUCCCUCCAGCAAUGCUCUCCCGAUGCAUGCGUGGUGGCAAGACGACAAUGCUCUACAAGGUCUUUGACAAGCUGAAAGCGACCAAAACACAACCCAUCUUCAUCAGCUUCAAUGGGGACUCGCUCAUCCACAGGCUCGAUGACGAGAAGCCACUACACACAAUGCUAAGGGCCAUCGCUGUUGCCCUGAUGAAGAACAAGCCCGCGAACAGGGAAGAGGCCGAGCGGGUGCGCUGCAGCAAGGAAGCCUUGAAGGAAUAUCUGGAGGACAAGAAGGACGUCGUCCUGCUCGUGGACGAGCUAAACGUCUUGCUCAAACCCAAUCAAGCAGAUAACUACCAAGAUGUGGGGAUGUUCCUGCGGGAGACGUUCCUUGACCCUGCUGGACGACACCUUGUCUUCAGCACGCACAUCCCCACCAGCACUGGCCUCGACCAGGUCUUGGGCAAGGGCGCGGGGAGCUCUCGUGAGGCAGAAACCAUACCCAUGCCCAGGUGCGCGGACAUGGAGCAGCUAAGGGCCAUGCAUCCAGCCUGUGAUGCCUUGACACCGUUGGAGGCCGUCUACUUAGGCUACGUCCCAGCCCUGAUCUUCUCGGUCAAGACGCAGGUCUUCGACAUUGAAGGGCGGUUCCGGGCUCUCGCACGUCUUCCAAAAUCGGAGGAGCUCCCAAUCCUGGCAGAGUCUUUCCUGUCAGAGUUCUUCACUGGCAGGCGGGGUCCAGACGACUAUCCAGUGCGUGCCUUCGAUGCCCUCACCGAAUCCCCAGCCCAGGGGCAGAUCCGGUGGAUUCUCGCCUACGUGGGACGGAUGUGCUGCCACCUGAAAUGGAAGCAGGUUGGGGAAUGGAUCGACGAAAUCCCGCGCUGGUCGGCAAAGGUUGAAAGCGGCCAGGACUGGGAGACCGCUGUUCUGGUCGCUCUGUGCCUUCGAUGCCAUGAAGCCAUGUACAGCAAGCCCCACGAGCUGCUGGGACUGCCAGAAAGCGCUCGGCCCGCCGCUGUAUAUGUGAGAAAGGUGCCGCAGGAGAAUUCUACCAACCCAGAAGUCAUACUGGCCUGGUGGAAGGAGCAGCUGAUCGAAACAUACCCCUACAUAGCGGUGCUGUCGCCCAAUGAUGCCAAAACGGAAAUGGUUGACGCCAUGUGGGUUUAUCAACAGGAUGCAACGGCCGAUUGGGUGGUGAGGGGCAUGCAAGCCAAACUAGGCAGCGACUGCCCGAAGAAGGAUAUGCCACUUGGCAUGCUGGGCUUGCUGUUCCGUGGCCAGGCACCGGACACCACCCGUGACUUGAAAAGGCAGCGGUGGAAGUAUCUAACUGCGAGCGAGAUUCAGAGUUUUCUAGGCAAAUCUUUGACGGCUGCCUGUCCCGCUCACUGGCCCAACGUGACACGAUGAGCCCAGAAAGCGUUGUCUCUUCCUUGUCUCAGGGCUUUUUGGUACAACGUAUUCAGUUUCACCCGAAUUCUGCGUGGCAAGGCAGAUUGAAGCCAGAGAUGUAGCUAAUCACAGAC